GCGUUGACAUGCUUUCCCUCAACAACUGGGAAUUGACGCAAUUUUGACGCAGAGAAGAAGGAAUACCAGUUGUAGCAAACGAUUAUUUUCAUUUGCCAUAGAUGGAUCCUGUAAAAGUGGUCGAGGAACAAUUUCAACGGCACGAUUUUGAUUCUGACGAAAGAUGGAAAGUGUUUAGAGACAACGCUUUGACGACUGGAUCUGAGGAACAUUUAAAACGAGUUUACUUCAGGCGCUAUGUCAACCACGAGCUUCCCUUGAGAAAUAGCCAAACAGCCCAAAACAAUCAAGAAACUUUGUCGACGAGUUCUUCUCCAGACACUCCAGACUCAUCCUCCGCAGGUCCUUCGUUGAAUUGGAGAAGUGUUGUCAAUUACGCGCGAUCACUGUUUUCCAGAGAUUUUGUCCAGCAUAUGAGAAGGUUCACAAGUUCAAAUUCUCUACCGAGAGCUAUUUCUACCUUGCUUUGUUUGCUACAAUUAUUGACUAUCUGGAAAGCAUUCUUAUUUCUGUUAGACCAGAAUAAGAAAAAUUUCCUAGCAGCCUUUCAAUUUGCGUUUUUCGCCAACAUAUGUUCAUUAUUGCAGGUUGUUGGAGUUCCUCAAAUAAGUAGGCAGUGGUUCCAGAGUCUUGUCUAUCAUGAGGACUUUGCCUUCAUAUUAUAUUGUUUUGUUCAACGCUCAAUCACGCCACCGAGCACAGUUUCUCUCAUUCCCAUUGCCUGCCGUGCAACGGUCUCGGCUUGUGAACUCUUAUCGACUUUGCUUCCUUCUAUCACUCCCACUUUAUAUUAUAGCCUUGCUGACCUCUUUCAGUUCAUUUUGCACAGUAGAGACACUAUUUAUCUACUUUCAGCCAUUACGGAAAUUAUCCUGUUCCCUGUUAUUCUUUUCCGAUCCAUCCAAGUUCCACAAAAUCUGUUUAGUCUAUUUCCUUAUUCUUUUUUCUUAAGAUUGCGUUUCAACUUUUCAUCACAUGCACAACUUGCAUGGAGAAUAGUAGAUAGUCGUUUGGAGCCGCUAGUCCAGAAUUAUAUGCCGUUAAGCUGGAGACCUUACUAUUACCGUUUGAAAAAUUUCGUUCGAGGCUUAAGUAGGCUUCGAUAGAAUUUUAUAGACACUUUUGAAACAUGGAACGAAGUAAAUCUAUCAACAUUUGUUUGCUCUAGUAGCAGUGUGUGAAAGGGAUCAGCAUUUACAUACAAG